AUGAGUGAAGAAAACACUCUUUUGGAUCGGAUAAUUUUUAAUCCAGUUUUGUGUGAGAACUGGAAAUACAUUAUGGAAGGAGCAGCCUAUCACCUUGCUAGUUUCUUCCUCCUCCUUGGCUAUAUGGGAGGUAGUGGAACCUUUGGUGCCAUCUAUAUUUUUGGAUUGUUAUCCAUUGGCUUUCUUUGCUCUGCCAUAUGGGGCUGGCUCAACGCUUGUGGAUUAGACAUCAUCAUUUGGAAUGUGCUUUUAUUUCUGAUCUGCUUGUUUCAGCUAGCACAUUUAAUUUACCAACUCCGUAAAGACACUUUUUCUGAAGAAUUUGAUCUCCUGUACAAACAAAUUUGCCAGCCUUUGCAAGUGCCUCUCCAAACUUACAAAGAAAUAGUCAAGUGCUGUGAAGAACAGGUCUUGCCUUUGGCCAAAGAUCAAACUUACACUGUGGAGGGCAAGACACCCAUAGAUCGUUUGUCCUUCUUGCUCUCUGGCAGGGUUAAAGUAAGUCAGGAUGGACAAUUUUUACAUUAUGUUUUCCCAUAUCAGUUCUUGGAUUCCCCGGAGUGGGAAUCAUUACAGCCUUCUGAAGAGGGAACAUUUCAGGUAACUUUGACAGCAGAGACUGACUCCUGUUUUAUUACUUGGCAAAGAAAAAAGCUCUACUUGCUUCUGGCUAAGGAUCGCUACAUUGCCCGACUCUUCUCUGUCCUCCUUGGCUAUGACAUCUCAGAAAAGCUCUAUGCCUUGAAUGAAAAGCUUUUUGCUAAGUUUGGCCUUCAAUUUGACAUCCGUUUACCCAGCCUCUAUCAUGUCUUAGGACCUACUUCAGACACAGAGGUGGAAAAGGCAGAGUACGAAGAGGCAGUGGUGCCUGUAGGUGAUUUACCUGCGGUUGGCCAAAGCGCUCCUGGGGUUUCUUGCACUGUGUCUCAUUCUACUCAUCCUAGGAAAUCUCGGCCUGACAGUGACCUGUCUGGUGAGGACUCUACCAGUCUUGUAUUGGAAGAUUUUGCUGAGCUGACAGGGUCUUUUAUGGACUAUAUGAGUGAAGGGGAGUAUUUGAAGUGAGUAAACAUGGGCACACUUCACCCUGAAUAACUUUGGAAAACCACCUGAGGACUAAUCAUCCUGCCCUUGCAAAAGGACGAGCCCCUCUGGCUCCAACUCAGACCCCAGAACUCUAGAGAACAGCUAUUGGGAAUCCAAGACCUGUAUGAAGCAAUCAGAUCACUGAUUGCCAAUCAGGAUGCCCUUCAUUGUUUGUUUGUUAAAGCAUAUAUAAAAGUUUUGUCCAUAUGAUGCACUUUGAAAGGUAUGCAUAGAACAGAGAGGCAGUGAUGGGAUAUUUUCCAGAGUAUAUCAAUCUGCUCUGCCACCUGGAUGUUUGUAUUCUUGAACACUUGAUAUAUGUUAAAUAUAUUACAUGUCUUGGAAUUAUGAUGGUAUAAUUAAUUGAU